GCCAACCAAGAACAUCUCAACUUCUUCCCCUUCAAACACAACAACACCACCCUAUAAUUUCAGGGGGUUAAUUAUCCAAUCAACUUCCUUCGCUCUUAACAUGCCGCCAGAAUUGGAGGCCGAAGAUGACGCGUCGAGGCCUCUCCUCGCCGACCAGCGCGAGCCCCAACCCGCUCACGAUCCUGAGCGCGAUGGCGCCCCACCACCCGCGGCGGCGUCGUCAGUGCCCGCGAGCGAGAGAGGCACCUUCACCAGGAAUCUCGGCGCCCUCGAGGCCUUCGCCAUCGUCAUCAGCAUAGUCAUCGGGAGCGGCAUAUUCACGUCCCCCGGCUCCAUAGACACGAAUGUGCCCUCUCCCGGUGCCGCCUUGACUGUCUGGUUGGUCGGAGGCGUUCUCGCUUGGACCGGCGCCUCCACCAUCACAGAGCUCGGCACGGCGAUCCCGGGCGAGGGUGGCGUACAGCCCUACCUGCAGUACAUCUUCGGGGAUGUCUUCGGCUUCCUGGCGGCCUGGACGUGGAUCGUAGCCGUGAUGCCCGCCACGCUCGCCAUUCUCAGCAUCGUGUUCGUCGAGAGCAUCUACUCUGCUAUUGGCGUGACGGACCAGGCAGCCAGGAUUGAGCACAAGCUGUUUUCCAUUCUCAUCCUGGUCGUCAUCAGCGUCGCCAACUCCAUCAGCACCAAGGCGAGCACACGCCUGAACAACUUCUUCGUGGUUACGAAGUUCGUCACCAUUGCUGCUGUCGUGUUGGCGGGGAUCGUGGUCGUAAUCCUUCAAACUUCCGAUCCGGAAAAGGAUGUCGGCGGGAGAGAUUGGUUUGACAGGCCCUGGUUUGGCAACAGAGAGGUUACAAACCCUGACGGGAGCAAGACAGACUGGGACCAGCUGGGCGGCUGGGAAAUACUCGGCCACUACGCCACAGCGUUAUACGGAGCCUUGUGGGCGUAUUCGGGGUGGGAUAAGGCCGUCUAUAUAUCCGCCGAGCUCCAGUCGCCGGCGCGCCAGCUACCGCUUGCUAUCAACUCAGCUGUCCCAACCAUCAUACUCUGCUUCAUCGCCGCCAAUACCGCUUACUAUAUCUUGCUCCCGUGGGAUGUUGUCUCGACGACGGAUAGCGUAGCUGUGACUGCCAUAACUCGUCUUCUGGGCCGCGGUUUCGGCAUCGUCGCGGCUGUUUUGAUCUGCUUGGUCGUUGCGGGCUCUCUUCUCGGGAAUUCCUUCGUCGCCGGUCGUAUGGCUGUUGCGGCGGCGAACCGAAAUUGGUUCCCCCGUAUUUUCUCAUACGUCGGUCACAUCGGCCUGAAGCCCAGGCGGGGUGAUGAGAUAGAGCUUCCGACGGAGAUACCGAGUCCGUCGUCCGCGGCCCAAUCGGACGCGCCCAUCAACGCCAUCCUCCUCUCCGCCAUCCUCUCAGCCCUAUACAUCUUCUUCGGAAACUUCCGCGCUCUCCUGACUUUCAACGGUCUGGGCGAGUAUUCCUUCUUCUUCCUCACCGUUCUGGGCGCGAUAGUCCUCAGGUUCCGCGAGCCCGAGCUGCGGCGGCCAUACAAGCCUUUCCUUCUGGUCCCUGUGGUGUUUGCCGCAGUUAGCGGAUUCGUGGUCAUCAGGGGUGCAUUCUUCGCGCCCGUCCUUGCGUUAGUCCUUAUUGUCCUCUGGGUGAUUGGAUUGGGAUUCUACUGGGCUAUCAAACGAUUGGCUCGGCAACACGGGGAAUAAAAUAGGAGAGAUUGAUACUCUACACUGUUAGCCUCACCGGAUAUUGAGACACGUAGGUAUAUCCCACAUGGCCAUGAAAGUCAGGAGGCGAUGGGCGCGAAUAUGUAUUUAUAUUAUUCACAACCUUUUCUUCAUAUUUUUCGCCAACAGCCAAGGGACAGGACGUUUGAAGUGGAUGAUGCCCUUGCCUCCGAUCGCACGAGACGCACAAACUACCCAUGGUGUAAUCAGGACUCAGCCCUUCCCUUUCCUCUUUGAUAUCCUACCACCCAACUAAUCAACGGUCACGGACGAGGCCAUGUAAGCCCAUGUUUCAAAGCGGGGAAAUGUUGACAUACACAUUUUUCCUUGUGUCGGCGACCAUUUCAGCGGGAGCUGAAAAUGGCAGUGAGGGUGUAUUAUAUUAGAGUAUCGACGGCAGGCUGUCAGUUUUCGGGAUAUCAUUGGUCUCUUACAUAAAGCCACGUAUUCUAGCGCGGCGGAAAUAAAAUGAGAGGAGUUUGUCACUGGCCGAAGCAAGGAUGCUCUCAUGCAGGCUGGAUCCUGAGGGCUUCAAGGGGGAAGCCCGAUUCAGUGAUCGUAGCCAGACUACAUUAGGUAUACUGAGGCGAAGGG